GGUUGCGGGAGGGCAUGUAGUGCGAUGGGUGUCAGCUUCACUAGCCAGUGAUGUUUAUCGUUAUAAAAUUUGGAGAUAAAUGUAUUGUUCUGUGUCAUCAGAAGAAGGGAUGAUCUCACAUAAAACGCCAAGAAAUUCUUUAUGACAAUGAAGAGACGAGAGCUUCAUUACGUUUAGAAUAGCGUUGCUUUUUUAUAAUGCAUCACUUAGGUGACUUGAAAUAUGAACUGGUAAUUGAGUGCAAUAUGUACUCCGAGUGACUGUUCGUAUACAAUAAGGCCUAAACAUGACUGUGUUCUGUGAAGUGAAAAGAUUGAAAGUGUGUUGAUUUAAUGAUUGUGUAUAUUCGUGUUCUGGCGGUCCGUUUGAUUCUGUAACGUGGGACAGACAAAAAGCAUCGUUUCGUUGUUCCAAGAAGCCUGUAUAUAGUGUUGUAUGAAUUAUUAAAAGUAGAGAAUUUUUCUGUCGUUUCAAAAGCUAACAGUGUGCACAGUUGUAGUUUAAUACUCAUAUACAGCAUUACAGAGUGAUAUUUGUAACGAAGACACACUCUCGCCAGAUUUUAUGAUGACAGAUGCAUGUUAUGUUAACGAAGCAAUGGCAGAUGAACAAACUCUGCCAACCUCUCCAACUUCACAAGACUCAGAUUUCGAUGAGUUUCUAGCAAUAGGAAUAGAAAACAUCUCAUCAGCUGAUGCUGCAGAUGGACCAGCAUCGAUGGACAGCAAAACUGAAACGAAUUCCGCAUACGGUGCAAAGGGCUUGCCUUUUAAUGUUGUUCACAGCCCACCAGUCAGUUUCAAGGCUCUCCACAGGCAUUUGUUCAUCCCACAUGUCGAAAUCAAAGUGAAAAUUAUUGAUGUGGAACGCAGCGUCACAACUCAUAUUCUGAACCCAAAUCUAUAUACUCUGGCAGUUCAACACGGAGAUUUUACUUGGCAGAUCAAGAAACGUUACAGCCAGUUCCAACAAUUGCAUCAGCAGCUUAUAAUGUUCCGUACUAGUCUCAAUGUGCCGUUUCCUUCACGGUCCCACCGUGAAAAACGCCACAGCUUCAGAAAUGAAAUAUCAUCGGGUGCAAAAAAAGGAGGAAAGGGAGCCUUGCCCAGGUUUCCAAAUAAACCAGAAGCACUUGUGCCAUAUGAAGAUAUUGACAAGCGAUGUCGUCAGCUGGAAGAUUAUCUGAACAAUCUUUUAAGGAUAAGGGUCUACAGAAUGCGACAUGAAACGGCGUAUUUCCUAGAAGUGAGUCACCUCUCAUUUGUUAGGGAAUUGGGCUUAAAGGGCAAGGAAGGAAUGGUGCUGAAGAGAACGGGGAGCACCCAGCUUGCCCGUGCAGGCUGUGACUGCUUCGGUGUGUGCAGAUGCGCGGUGUGUGUUCGAUGUUCCUUCUUCUGUGGUGACAUUUGUGCAUCAUGGAGGCAACGCUGGCUGUUCGUGAAAGACACCUACCUAGGCUACAUACGGCCUAAAGAUGGCCGUGUGAAAUGUGUGAUGCUUUUUGACUCUGGCUUUGAAGUUUCAUCUGGUAUUUAUGCUACGGGACUCAACCAUGGAAUGCAUAUAUUCAACUUGUCAAGGCAGCUAAUUGUGAAGUGCUGGUCUCGAAGAAAUCGGAAGGAGUGGCUCUCUUUUCUCAAGGAUGUUACAGCCAAAGCACGUGACUUCACCAUGAAGAAUCGUUUCAACUCAUUUGCUCCAAUACGCUCCACCACCAGCGUCUCUUGGUUUGUCGAUGGAUGUUCCUACAUGAGUGCAGUGGCGGAUGCCUUAGAAGCAGCAAAAGAAGAAAUUUUCAUUGCAGACUGGUGGCUUAGUCCCGAAAUUCACAUGAAAAGGCCUGCAAUAGCAGGAGACACAUGGAGGUUGGAUAAAAUACUAACAAGGAAAGCUGAAAAUGGUGUCAAAGUAUUUGUUAUGCUUUACAAAGAAGUGGAGCUUGCACUAGGUAUAAAUAGCUACUACAGUAAACGGAAGUUAACAUCUUGCAACCCUAAUAUAAAGGUUCUGCGUCAUCCAGAUCAUGCAAAAGCUGGUGUGCUUUUCUGGGCACAUCAUGAAAAGCUGGUUGUAAUAGAUCAGACAUAUGCCUUUGUCGGGGGCAUCGAUCUCUGCUAUGGCCGCUGGGAUGAUAAUGAGCACAGAUUAGUAGACCUGGGGAGCGUCUCUCAGACAUUGGCAACAGGACACCUCCCACUGCGCCGGAAGCUGACGUCCAGCCGCCCAGUGGCUGUCACAAGUGUCCCACAGUCCGUCCUCAGCCUGGCUCAUGCCACCAAUAUGGUGGGUGUUGGCGCACUUGGUGGUAGCUACAGUAGUAUUAACAGUUCGGAGGCAGGUGUUUCGCUAGCAAGUGAAACAAAAUUCAUACCAGUCGCACCAACUCCCCCUCCAGAUCCUGGCGAGAAUGAGAAGCAAAACACACCCGAAAUGGCAAGGCGGAACCUAGUGUCUCGGGUAAUAGAAUCUACAGGCCAGGCACGUGAAUGGAUAAGCAAACUGUAUCGAGGAAAUGAAGAUGAUGAAGAGGAAGAAACCAAUGAUAAGGACAGCAUAGAUGGAGACAUGGUGCUGCCACAUGUAAAAAUAGAAGCUGAAAGUCCCAUGAGGAGUAAUGGAACAAUGGCAGCAAAUCAGAAUGCAAAAGGUGUCCGCUAUGCUGAUUUAGAAGCUGCAGCAGAAUCGUCCCCACCCUCAGAACGUGUUGCAGUGAACAAAGUUAGCAGUGAACUGACCGGAAUGGCAAAAUUUUGGAUUGGAAAAGACUAUACCAACUUUAUCGUGAAGGACUUCCAUAAUCUGGAACAACCAUACAAGGACCUGGUAGACCGCAACACAACCCCUCGGAUGCCGUGGCAUGAUAUUGCCGUAUUGGUGCAGGGAGCUGCUGCGAGAGAUGUAGCCCGGCACUUUAUACAGAGGUGGAAUGCAAUCAAGCUAGAAAAGAUGCGACUGAAUCCGACAUACCCUUUCCUGCUGCCAAAAUCGUACGAGGGUUUGGAUGAUUAUGAUAUACCACCAAUUAUUGAUGCAGUUAGAAGUAAAGUAAAUUGCCAGGUUGUACGUAGUGCUUCAAGUUGGAGUGCAGGCUUCCUGGAGGCUGAUACAUGGGAGGAGAGCAUACACGAAGCAUAUCUGGAUAUAAUUACACAAGCGAAGCAUUACAUAUACAUAGAAAACCAGUUCUUCAUCUCACUCGCUUUCCAGAGUACCGGUGUGCGCAAUCAAAUAGGGGAGACAAUUUUGAAACGAAUUAUUCGAGCACACAAGCAGAGAGCAGUAUUCAGAGUUUUUGUUGUCAUGCCACUACUUCCUGGCUUUGAAGGAGAUGUUGGGAGCCCUACAAGUACUGCACUGCAUGCUGUCACCCACUGGAAUUAUGCAUCAAUUUCAAGGGGGAAAGAUGCUAUUUUGAAUAAGUUGAAGGAAGCUGGUAUUGAAGACCCCAGUGAAUAUAUAACAUUCCAUGGCCUGCGGACACAUUCUGUCUUGAAUGGGGACUUGGUGUCUGAACUGAUAUAUGUUCAUUCAAAACUACUAAUUGCAGAUGACAAUACUGUAAUAUGUGGAUCUGCAAACAUCAAUGACAGAUCGUUGAUUGGUAAACGUGAUUCGGAAGUGGCAGUUGUGUUGCAGGAUAUAGAAUUGGAAGAUGGUGUAAUGAAUGGACAACCUUACAAGGUUGGACGAUGUGCAGCAUCACUUAGAAAGCAGCUUUUUAGAGAACAUCUUGGUCUUCUGAAAAACAGGCAAAAACUCUCAGAGGAAGACAUUAUGGACCCAGUGAGUCACCAGUUCUUCAAUAAUGUGUGGAAAAGGAUAUCCACUGACAACACCAAAAUUUAUGAGGAGGUAUUCCGUUGCAUUCCUUCAGAUCAGGCCACUAGCUUCUCAAAACUGAAAAAAUUCCAGGAAGAACUGUCUCUUUCUGACACAGAUCCUUCCAGUGCGGAGGCAAUGCUGGAGAAUGUCCAGGGUUUCUUGGUGAACAUCCCCUUAGAAUUCCUGAAAGAUGAAAUUUUAACCCCAAAUCCAAGUUCUGUAGAAGGAAUACUUCCCACAUCACUGUGGACAUGAUGUGUUUAUUGCAGCAUGGAUGACAUAAUAGUAAAGAAAUACAGACUUACACCAGCGUACAUUCCAUUUUAUUGGAACUGUGUUGUAUGUAAUGUAAUUAUAUGUACAGUACUUUUGUUGCUCAUAAAACAUCUUUAUUUUUAUAGCUACAUGUGACAAGACAGACAUUUCUGUUAAGUGCAGCAGAACUGUUACAUUUGUUUAGUUUACUGAGAUUCAUAUGGAAGUUGUAUUUUAUUGCUUAAAAAGAUACGCAUAAAUUACCACUUCACUUUUUAGGUGACACAGUGAAAUCUUGCCAUUAGCUGUCUGUCAGUAAUGUUCCUAUAUGCAAAUAUUUAUACUGAAAGUUUUUAUUAUAUAGUUUAUGAUGUUUUGUAUUUUUUUAUAUUUUAAUGAAUUUUAUAGAGAGUGACAUAUAUAUUAACUGUUGUUUUCAUGUUUUAUUUUAAAGUCAUGUUCUAGAAUUAGUACAAUGCUGGGGUAUCUUGAUCCAUUAGAAGUUCGGUAGCCUCUUUGCACACAACUUGAUGUCAGAUAUGUUUGAAUAUGUUGAUCAAAAUAACCAUUUUCGAAGACUUUUUGUAUGUGUAGGGAAAUUUUGUUUGGGCUCAAUAAAAGGGACGUGUGUAAACAAAUUCUCAUUCCAAGUAGCCUUGUCCUGUCAAAGAUGCCCAGCAAUGUGUCACACUAAUAAUGUUUGUAAAGAGUACUUCAAAAGGCUGUGAUGUACAUAUCUGUCUCGAGCAACUCUCUCGAAGUGAAUAUGUGUGAGUAUAUGUUGUUUUACAGAUACAAA